CGCUGCUCCAACGGUGUUGUCAUGGCAGCGCUCUAUGUUUACAUUUAGUUAGCUGAAACCUUUCCUGCUGGUUGUGACUAAUUUCCAGACUUUUUUCGUGAACACCGAGCUUUUUAGGAUGCCAUCAACGUCCAAAGUAAAAAAGACGCCAACGAAGGGGAAACCUGAGGUGGCGGGCGGACUUUCGGCCAAGGAGAUGCCCAAAGAUCAGCCAUCAAAGUCUAAAGUAAAAAAGACGCCAACGAAGGGGAAACCGUCUGAGGUGGCGGACGGACUUUCGACCGAGGAGAUGUCCAAAGAUCAGCUGGUGGAGAACAUUGUUCGCCUCCGGGAAGAGCUGGACAGAGAGCGCGAGGAAAUGAGCUACUUCCAGCUGGAAAGGGACAAGCUCCUGGCAUUCUGGGAAACCUGCAAGAAAGACCUGGAGGAGACCAAGGCCAAGCUAAGGAACAGGGAGAGGGAGAGACGGGAGGCAGAGGAGCGCCACCAGGUGGAAAUCAGUGUGUACAAAGAGAAGCUGAAGCAUGUCCUGUCUGAACAACAUAACGCUGUGUCAGGAAUAAAGAUGGACAACGUCACCGCCACCUCGCUGAUACAGAAUCAGAACACAGAGACCGAGCUCAAGUUGCAGGGAGACGUGCACAGCCUACAGGCCAACUACAGGGAGAAAAUGCUCCACCAACAUAACUGCAUCAAGGAGCUCAAACUGAAGCAAGAGUCGGAGCUGAUUGAGUUAAUGAUGCACUACGACAAAAGACUCACAGACAUUGGAGCCAAACAUAACAAGAACGUGGAGGCUGCGCUUCAAGACCAUCUUAAGAAAAGGAGGGCUGCGUUCGAGGAGUUGGAGAAGCGAUGGGAGAGCCACAUUGAAGCUCAAAUGAAAAACCAUGAUAAGGCUUUGGAAGAAGUAAACAGAGCCUACACUGAAGCUCUUACAAGAAAGAGGCACUAUUUACAUCAGGAGGAGAUCCUGCAGGAUCUGGAGAAAGAGCUGGCAAGAAAGGAGAGAAAGCGUUUAACAGCUGAGAAAGAGUUAAAACGUCUGCGUGAUGCGCUGCAGGAGGCUGAACAGAAAAAAUCUGAGUACAGUAAACAGCUGGAGGAAUACAACAAAGCCAAGAAAGAGGAGGCGAAAAAGAAAGCUCAUACUAAGAUCAUAGAGAAGGAGCUAGAAGAUUUAAAAUUGGAGCAUUGGCUGCUGCAGGAAGCGUUUGAAAAGGCUGAGCAGGAACGGGAUCAGCUGAUAAAGAAACAGAGGGAGACCAUCCUGGACAUGCAGCAGCAGCGUGGGCUGAAGGAGAUGGUGGCUAGGAGGAAGAUAGCCGUACUGGAAAUAAGUGUGGAGAGGGCAGAGUGUCAGCUUAAUGCUGUUGUCGCCGCCGCUAACCUUGACCAAGAUGCAGCCAGCAGUGCUGCAAAAAAACUCCAGGAAACACUGGAUGCUAGAAGGACCACCAACAGAGCCUUGAAAGAAGAUUUGGCUCAGAGAUGUAAGGAAUACGACGACCACCUGGAGAGGCUCAAAGAGGAACGGAGGGCUCAGGGCCUCCCGCUGUACAACUUUCCGUUCAAGUCUUCAAAACAGAUCCUUAGAAGAAAAAAUGAGAUUCAGAAAUCUCUUGGAGCUGUGGACAAACUAUGAUACUGCUGCAGGUGUCAGAUUCACUCACCUCUUACACUACUCCACUUCUCUACCUGGCUCUCAUUUUUCUGAAAAGUUAACAUCCAUUUAAUGAACUCUGAUUUGGUGUUUUUAACAAUUAAAAAUUUUCUGCUGGCAUAUUA